AUGGCCGGCAACGUACGACAGCCAAUUGACAUUGCCUCGUUAGAGCGCUACAUCACUGCAAAUGUACCAGAGAUCAAGGUCCCGCUGGACGUCAAGCAGUUUGGUUAUGGACAGUCGAACCCGACGUAUCAGUUGACGGAUAAAGAUGGAAAGAAAUACGUUUUGAGGAAGAAGCCUCCGGGCCAACUCUUGUCAAAGACUGCGCACAAGGUCGAUCGCGAAUACAGAAUCAUCCACGCACUGGAGAAAACCGAUGUCCCUGUUCCGCGCGCACUGUGUCUCUGUCAAGACCAAGAUGUCAUUGGCACGGACUUCUACAUCAUGGACUUCCUUGAUGGGCGCAUCUUCGAGGAUCCCGCGAUUCCAGGAGUAACGGCUGAAGAGCGAACGAAGAUGUGGCACUCCGCCAUUACCACGCUCGCGAAAUUUCACCGCGUAUCCCCAUCUUCCGUAAACCUCGCCUCAUACGGUAAGAACUCUGGCUUCUACAACCGCCAAAUCGCAACCUUCAACACAAUCUCCCAGUCGCAAGCUUCCGCCAAAGACAAGGAGACCGGGGAACCAGUAGGAAAGAUACCGCAUCAAGACGACAUGGUAGCCUUCUUCAGCGACCCAAAGACACAGCCGAAAGACCGCGCGACCUUUGUACAUGGCGACUACAAGAUCGACAAUGUUGUCUUUCAUAAGACAGAACCCAGGGUGAUUGGUAUCUUGGACUGGGAAAUGAGUACCAUCGGACACCCGCUGUCUGAUCUGAACAACGUGCUAGCACCCUACGUGACAGCGUCAAAUGAGAUUGCCAUGUCAAUUGGACGUGCGCAUAAGGGUUUCCAACCCGGUGCUACACCCGGUCUGCCUACUCGCGAGCAGCUGAUUGCAUGGUACUCGGAGGUCGCGGGCUGGGAUCCAAGGCCUGACUUCACUUGGGGGGACGCGUUCAGCACGUAUAGAAGUGCUAUCAUCAUGCAGGGAAUUGCGGCACGGUAUGCUUUGAGACAGGCGAGUAGUGAGCAGGCGCAGACGUAUGCGGCCAUGAUGAAGCCUUAUGCGGAGAUUGCAUGGGGCCUUGUGCAAGAGUUCAAGAGUGGGCACGAGGAGAAAGCCAAGUUAUAG